ACACAAAAACUUCUCCAACAUGACCUUGACAAAGGAGAUCAUGGGUCAACCCGUGGUAGGGUCAUUUUACUUCAGCAAAAAGCAUAGAAUUUCCUUGUCUCCCACUUUCUAUUGCUCAGUUCAAACAACAAACGAGCAGAAGAAGAAAGUGGCGCAACAAACUGUCUCACCACCUUCAACUUUUAUUAAUGGCGGUGCUGAGUCCAGGAGAGACCUCGCUGCUUGGAAGCCGGCGUCGGAUACGGCGAUGGUGACGGUAACCGCCACAGUAACUAUCAAGAAUGGUAAAAACAUAGAGCAUGAAAUAAUGUCCCUGAUGCUCCAGCAUUUUGGAGCUUUCAAUAAAACCAUGUCCGAGAGGGGCAUGGUUAUGCAGUUAGUGAGUACUGAAGUUGACCCAAGAACAAUGGAACCAAAGAUGAGCAAAAACGCUGUAUUGGAGUGGAUGAAGGACGUGAAGUUGGGAGCACCCAGGACCACUUGCGAAGUAGAAUUUGAGAUUGAUUCAGAUUUUGGGUUACCAGGAGCAAUCAUUGUGGUAAACAAAUAUGAAAAGGAAUUCUUUUUGGAAAACAUUGUGAUUGAAGGCUUUCUUAAUUUUCCCUGCAAUUCUUGGGUUCAACCUGAGAAGCUUCAUCCAGAGAAGAGAAUUUUCUUCACUAACAGGGUUCAUUUACCUUGGGAGACUCCGGCUGGUCUAAGAAAGCUAAGAAAACAAGAGCUAAGGCAAACAAGAGGAGAUGGAAAAGGCAUGAGAAAGCAUGGUGAGAGGAUUUGUGACUAUGAUGUGUACAAUGAUUUGGGGAAUCCAGAUAAAACAAGACAAGAUUCAAGGCCUAUCUUUGGUGGCCAUAAAUAUCCUUAUCCAAGACGAUGCCGAACUGGUCGUCCUCCAAGUGUUUGUGACCAGAAAGCUGAGUCACCUGUAAAUGGAUUCAACGAAACGUAUGUGCCAAGAGAUGAAGUAUUUGAUCAGAGCAGAAUGGAAGAUCUUGAUGAGGAGAGGACAAAAGGAGUAACGCGGAAUCUUCUCCCUUUCUUCAAAACUUGUGUCACAAAAAAUGGAGAUUUCAAGCAACUUUCAGAUGUUACCAGCAUUUACAAUGGAAAGACUUUGGAUGAAUUGAAGUUUGAAGAUAUUAGUAAUAAGAUCCAAGAUUGUUUAAAUGAGUACUUCAAAUUUAAUACUCCAAAUAUUAUAAGAGGAAAUAAUAGUGGCUUUUGCAUAAGAGAUGAAGAACUUGGCCGUCUGACAUUGGCUGGAGUCAACCCUUUAAGCAUAAAAAGGCUUGAAACCUUUCCUCCAAAGAGUGAUUUGGAUCCGUCCAUAUAUGGCCCACAAGAAUCUGCCCUCAAAGACGAACACAUUUUGCCUCAGCUCCACGGAAUGUCGGUAAAACAGGCCUUAGAAGAUAAGAAGUUAUUCAUAUUGGAUUAUCAUAAUGCUUAUAUCCCAUUUCUCAAAGGCAUAAAUGCUCAAGAAGAUCGGAAGGCGUAUGCGACCCGCACCAUAUUCCUCUUGACCCGACUAGGAACUUUGAAGCCCGUAGCAAUUGAGCUUAGUCUUCCACACGGAUAUCCAAAUCGUUUGUCCAAACAAGUCCUAAUCCCUCCUGAGGAUUCCAACUCUUAUUGGUUAUGGCAACUUGGCAAAGCACAUGUUUGCGCCAACGAUUCUGGUGUCCACCAACUUGUCCAACACUGGUUGAGGACACAUGCAUGUAUGGAACCGUUUAUUAUAGCAGCUCAUAGGCAACUGAGUGCGAUGCACCCAAUUUUCAAACUUCUAAAGCCUCAUAUGAAAGGCACCCUGCAAAUAAAUGCCUUAGCUCGUGAAGCUCUCAUCAAUUCAGGAGGCAUUAUUGAAUCUGACUUCUCUUGUGGUAAAUACUGCAACCAGAUUGUUUCUGCUGCUUACAAAGACUGGUGGCGAUUUGACAUGGAAGCCCUUCCUAAAGAUCUUAUCAGAAGAGGAUUGGCAGAACCUGAUCAAACCAAGCCCUAUGGACUGAAAUUGCUCAUUGAAGACUAUCCGUAUGCAAAUGAUGGCCUUCCCAUUUGGUUUGCAAUAGAGAAUUGGGUUAGGACCUAUGUGACUUACUAUUAUCGUGAUGGGCUCAUGGUUCAAUCAGAUAAUGAGCUUCAGGCUUGGUAUAGUGAGGUCAUAAAUUUGGGCCAUGCUGAUCAUAGAAAUGCAAGCUGGUGGCCUAAACUCUCAACUCCUGGCGACCUCAUUUUUAUACUCACAACUCUGAUCUGGAUUGCUUCAGUUCAACAUUCUGCAGUGAACUUUGGGCAGUAUCCUUAUGGAGGGUAUGUCCCAAUUCGUCCUCCUUUGAUGAAAAGGUUAUUACCCAAAGAAGAUGACCAAGAGUACAAAGAAUUCAUGAAGGACCCAGAAGGGUACCUUUUGCGCUCAAUGCCUGACUUGUUUCAUACCACGAAGUUUUUGGCUGUAGUCAACAUUCUUUCACAACACUCAGCAGAGGAAGAGUAUUUGGGAGAAAGGAAGGAUCUUUCAUAUUGGUCUAGUGACCCUGAAAUCAUAGAGGCAUUCUUCAGGUUCUCAGUGGAAAUUAAAAGAAUAGAAAAGGAGAUUGAGAAGAGAAAUAGAGACCCAAAUUUAAGAAAUAGAUGUGGGGCUGGAAUUCCACCAUACGAAUUGCUCAUGGCUAGUUCCGGUCCGGGUGUCACUUGUAGAGGGGUCCCUAAUAGUAUAAGCAUAUAAACAUAAUAAUUUGAAAGAAUUACAAGUUCACUGUUUGCUUAUAGUGAAGUAGGCAACAUGUAUAUUUACUUAAACAAUUGAAAUUAGGCAUAUGUGAAUAUGACAUACUGUAAAGGAAAGAAUGAGUGUAUUUGAAACAUUAUUAUAUGUCGUUGCAUAUACUGUA